AUGUCUCCAGCUCCGACCGUGGUCGAGAACCCGGCCUUCAAGCACCCUGCCUUCAAUCGCAUCCCCCCGUGGGUCAGGGCAAAGCUGUCCCCGCUGGCCAUCGAGAAGAUCCAGGCCGUGUACGAGUGGGUCGAGAAUGAGUGCAUCCCGCGGGAGCAGAUCAUGAAGGCGCAGCUCGAGGGCAAGCGCUGGGUCACGCCGCCGCUGAUCCACGAGCUGCGCGACAAGGCCAAGCAGCGCGGCCUCUUCAACCUCUUCCUGCCGAACCACUUCAAGGAGAGCCCCGGGCUGACCAACCUCGAGUACUCGUGCUGCGCCGAGCUCAUGGGCCGCUGCUACUGGGCGGCGCAGACGAUGAACUGCCACGCGCCCGAGACGGGCAACAUCGAGCUGCUGGCCAAGUACUGCAGCGAGGAGCAGAAGAAGAAGUGGCUGGCGCCGCUGAUGGAGGGCACGGCGUCGUCGGCCUACUCGAUGACCGAGCCCGACGUCGCCAGCUCCGACGCCACCAACAUCGGCAUCAGCAUGCGGCGCGAGGGCGACGAGUACGUCAUCAACGGCCGCAAGCUAUACGGCAACUGCCUCUGGAACAAGGACCUGACCUUCUACAUCCUCAUGGGCCUGUCGGACCCGGAGAACCCGGACAAGUGGCAUCGCCACACCAUGAUCAUCGUGCCCUGCAACACCCCGGGCAUCCAGCAGGUCCGCAACCUGACCAUCAUGGGCUACGACCACGCGCCCGAGGGCCACGGCGAGUACCUCUACACCAACGUGCGCGUCCCCGCCGCCAACGUCAUCCUCGGCGAGGGCCGCGCCUUCGAGAUCGCCCAGGGCCGGCUGGGCCCCGGCCGCAUCCACCACUGCAUGCGGCUCAUCGGCCAGUGCGAGCGCGCCUACGAGCUCGCGCUCGUGCGCUGCACGGACCCGCGCAAGCGGCCCCGCGGCAAGCUCAUCGGCGAGUUCGACUCCAACAUCGAGCGCGUGGCGCAGAUGCGGCUCGAGCUCGACGCCGCGCGGCUCGUCGUGCUCAACGCCGCCGACACGAUGGACCUGCUGGGCAACAAGGCCGGCAAGCGCGCCAUCGCGCAGAGCAAGAUCCUCGUGCCCGCCAUGGCCACCAAGUGGAUCGACGAGUGCAUGCAGAUCUACGGCGGCAUGGGCGUCACGCAGCACACGCCGCUGCCCGAGAUGUGGACCUACGCGCGCUUCGUGCGCCUCGCCGACGGGCCCGACGCCGCGCACCGGCACCAGGUCGGCCGCGAGGAGAUGAAGACGGCGGGCGGCUUCAGGGAGCGCAACGAGGCCUACAAGCGGCGGUACAAGGAGCUUGCCGAGAAGUACGGCGAGAAGUACGUGUCGUUUGAUUAG